AUGCCUUCGCUUUUCGGGUCGAAGAACAAGAAGGAUGAUGACGCUGCCGCCGCAGAAGGUCCGCCGGAGGAGAGGAGGUCGGCCGAGUACGAGACGCGAGAGCCGGACGAGCACACCCGCCUGCUGCCGAACCGACUCGACAGCGACAAUCGUCAGUUCCUCACCCCAGACGACCCUGCCGUCUCCCCGUAUAACCUGUGGACGGUGAGGGUUAUGCGAUGGGCUACCGUCUUGUUCGCCUGCGUCACGUUUAUCUGGUGGACCAUCAACCUGGUGUCCAUCUUCGUCACCCCUCCCGGACUACACACCCGCGGCUCUGGAUUCUACGCCUUUAGCUACUCCAGCCUGUCGCUCUUCACGCUGCUCUUCACCCUCGUGUUCUUUGGAGCGCCGUCGGCCGCUGUGCGGGUGCUGUCCAUCUUCAUGGCGGUCAUGCUGCUCACUGAUACCAUUCUCAUUCUCGCCAUCCAGAAGAACCGGUAUGAGGAGGGCGGCGUGGGAGUCGCCAGCGUCAUUUGGGCAUUCCUCAUGAGCUUGUGGACGCUGCUUGCCGAUCGCACGGUGAAAUGGGGCAAGGCCGAGGAAGAAGAGCGCCUCACAGGUCGCGUCGAGACGAGACGAACAGUAUGGGAAUGGACCGAAGUGCUCUUCUCGACCAUUGCAUAUGUGAUCCUGUCCAUCGUUAUUAUUCUCAUCACCGCCACCCUGAUCCUCAGAUCUCUCGACGCUGGGUAUGGGCCGCCGGGCGAGCAGUACUGGGUAGACAACGACCAGUACCGCAUUCACGUCUACUGCGAAGGCAACGGCACCGAUGCGGCAGGUAACAAGCUGCCGAGUGUUCUUUUCGAGGGCGGUGAUCUGCCAGUCGAAAACGGACUAUGGCAACUUGCGCAGGGCGCCCUCAAGAAUGGUUCCAUCUCGAGAUACUGUUUCUCUGAUCGCCCUGGAUAUGCUUGGAGCGACACUGCUCCGAGCCCGCUGUCAGCAGGCAUGGCAACAGACGCUUUGAGUGAGGCCCUCGCGCGCGCCGGCGAGAAUGGCCCCUGGAUCCUGGCGAGCGCUGGCGUCGGCUCUGUGUACUCGCGCAUCUUCUCUUCCCGGCACGGCCACGAGGUGGACGGCAUUCUCAUGAUCGAUCCUCUCCACGAAGACCUGCUUUACCGUGUCUCGGAUCCCGGACGAGGUUUCCUCUACUGGGUGCGCGGCAUCAUCUCGCCUCUUGGACUGGAACGGCUUCCCGGUGCUCUAUUCCGAGGGCGCAGCAGCGCCGACCGCAUCUGGGGUCGCUCAGCCAGACAGAGCGGCAAGUACCUGUUCACGAAGCUGCAAGAAAGUCUGGUGGCCGCCUCGCUCACUAAGCGGGAGGUUAUCAGCGGCAAGGCGAUUCAAUACCCGGACACGCCUUUGGUACUCAUCAGUUCCGGCGACAACCUUCGCAAAGACAGUGUCUGGGAAGAGAAGCAGAGGGAUCUCAGCCACUUGACGAGAAAUCUGAAGCACUGGGACAUUGUCGACGACGCGCCUCAUAAUGUAUGGGAGACGUUCGAAGGACGGGAAAAGAUCGAGAAGAGGCUCCGGCAACUGGUCCAUGCGUAA